AUGUGUUUGCAUAGCCGGGAUCACAAAUAAUUUGCCACCAACAUAGCAUUCCUGCGCUCUGAGUUUCAACCUAUAGACAGUGCCUUCUUUACCUUCGCUUUGCGAGUUUAAAUUCUUUUGACAAUUGCUUACCAUGGCUGCAAAAUCUUUAGGCACAUCGCUGAGAGUGGUGUCCCUGCUUCCAUCUGCUGCAGAGAUUAUCUGCCUUGUUGCGCCACAUGAAAUUCUAGUGGGCCGAUCACACGAAGACGACUUUCCACAUUCCAUUACGAAUAGACCCAUUCUUACUGCGGCAAAAACAACCUUCACCACUUCGGAGGACGUCAACCGGCAGGUGUCCGAGUCUCUUUCCACCGGUCAGAGCCUGUACGACUUGGACGCUGUGGCCUUGGCUAAAUUGAAACCAGAUGUGGUCGUAACUCAAGACCUUUGUGAUGUGUGUUCCAUUGAUCUAGUCACCGUUGAACGAAUUGCUCGAAAAUUGAAUCCAGUUCCGACGGUUAUCACGUUGAAUCCGCAAAAUUUGCAAGACGUGCUCGCCAACAUAACGGAAAUAGGUACCGCCCUUGGGUUCCCGGACCAGGCAGAAUCCGUUCGAUCGUCGUUGCUUCAAAGAGUCCAACGUGUUCGCGAUCAAGGGGCUAAGUUGGUUUCCGAGAGGGGCAGUCGAGUCACAGUCGGGUUCGUGGAAUGGAUUGCACCCAUAUUUAUCGGUGGUCACUGGACUCCCCAAAUGAUCCAAGAUGCAGGUGGCAUACACCCCCUCAACCUACCCAAAAACCAAGACGAUGGUGCGGGAAAAUCGUUUCCAAUUGAAGAUCAGAAAUUCAUCGAUCUCGAUGCUCAGGUUGUCAUUGUCGCACCUUGUGGACUUGAUAUUCCUACCACGGAACGGGAGCUAAGGUCCAUCCUUGACAAAAACAAGUCCUCGGGUGCUCGUUGCUGGGUCUCUGAGUAUCUACAGCGCGGCGUAAAGAUUGCCGUUGUCGAUGGAAAUCAAAUGUUCAACCGACCGGGUCCUCGUCUGGUCGACGCCAUGGAGUUUUUGGUAGGCUUCAUUAAUGAUCGAUACGAUCUCGUUCCAUCUGACUUUCCUUGGAAGCUGUUCACUCCAUGAGGUAGCU